CGAAUGUGUUUAUUAUCAUAAAAAUUCUGUGAAUUAUUAAAAUCUGCAAUCCAUGAAAUUAGGUUCGAAUCGUUGCAUACGGAUCAGCAGACGGUGUGCAUUGUUCACAGGUGGAAUGAAUCAUGCAGACUUCUGUAUCGAAAAAAAUUGGAUGCAUCGGAAAGUGUAUUUCCGGGCUGAGCCUUGAACAAUUAGAUCAGCUUACGGAUAAUAUUAAUAAUACUCUGAUAGAUUCACAGGGAAGGAAGAUUUUUCAAAAAUACUUAGAACGACGUGAUCUUACGGACCACCUCGAGUGCUUGGAGCUGUAUGAGACUUGUUACGAGAUUAUCAAUGAAGCAACGGACGAAUCGUCACGAAGGGAAUAUCCAUUGGAGACGCUUAUCGAAAAUGUCAAAAGGGUGAAAAGAAUGGUCGAAGCUUUGGACGGCGUGUCACUACUAGAUAUGGCACUACUAGCACGUUACAACGAAGUUUUAAGGGAGCGUUGCAGGAAUGAGUUACUUAUUGUGCUCGUAGAUACUAGAGAUCGCUGUCGUGACCAUUUGAGACGUGUUCACGAUAAUUUCAAAAAGUAUGCGUCGGAACCGUGUCCUAUGACUAAAAAUUAAUUGACGAAUAUAUUUUUUUAUACGAAAAUCUUCA